AUGACCUCGCACAUGGCCUCGCUCACCCCGGGCUCAUGUCUUUCCUUCCGCGGCCCCAAAGGCGCAAUGAAAUACACCCGCAACCUCGCCAGCACGAUCAACAUGAUCGCCGGCGGUACUGGCAUCACACCGAUGUAUCCGGUCUUACGAGCCGCAUGUACGGACCCCCUCGACGGGACGAAAAUCAACCUUCUCUAUGCGAAUAACACCGAGCGGGAUAUUCUUCUUCGUGAGAACCUUGAUGCCCUGGUGGGCUUGUAUCCGGAUCAACUCAAUGUGCGAUAUGUGCUUAGCCAGCCGGAUGAUAACAGCAAGAGCAAAUGGACUGGCUAUCGGGGAUUCUUGGACGAGGAUAUGAUGAAGAGGGAGUUUUCGGGGCCGGCGAAGGAGAAUCGAGUGUUUUUGUGUGGUCCGCCGGGGAUGAUUGAGGCUAUGAAGAAGACGUUGGGGGGCUUGGGGUGGACGGUUCCUGGGGGGUUGGUGGCGAGAGGGGAGGAUCAGGUUUUUGUUUUUUGA